AGCCGGUACAAAGUGGGAGGUGCAAGCAUAAUCUGUUUGCCUUGUGUGUAUCCUCUUUUUCGUCUGCAAAACAAGAGGCCCACAACGCCGGUAAAGUUGUCAGAGUACCGUACAGCGUUCUGGGAUAGCUAAAGUGCCGCUAUGUUGUUCAAGUUCUGCGGUGAUCGGGAUUGUCCCGACUGGCUUCUCGCCGAAAUAGGUUCGCUGUCGAAGAUCAGCUCCGUGAAAGUCAAGUUGCUCUGCGCACAAGUUGUGAACGGUCUCCUGCAUUCCAAGAUAGACUUCGAUAAAGUGGCCAAACUGACAGCAGACUCCAAGUUCACUGAGGACGACGUCAAGGGCGUGCUCAUGGCCUUGGAAUUCAUUCUGAAGAACUCCACCAAGUUCUCCGUCGAGGAGGAGACGCUCGUGAACGAACUCACUCAGCUAGGUCUUCCUCGGGAGCACGCGGUCUCGCUGAGCAAAGUCUACGCGGAUCGCUGUGCAGAGAUACUAGCAGUGCUGAAAGAGCAAAGUCUCAGGCUCUCCUCGCUCGAAGGAGCGCCUCAGUGGCGCCUAGACUACGUGCUCGAGUCGAGCAUUGCCGGCGAAGUGUGCCAACCGUCGGUUCAGAUGAAACUCGCCGUGAGACAAGGAAACGAAGUCAAGCCUGUGCAUUUCACCAUGUCCGCCGAAAAGUGUGGCGUCAUGCUUCACGAGCUAAAGCAACUGCACAAAGUGAUGAAAAGUCUCGAAGAGUCUUAAAGCUUUGCGGCGUCUUGGAGAGAAAAGGGAGUGAACAGACGGGGAAGGAGGGAGUGUAGUGAUAACACCAAGAUGUAAAUAAAUAACGUUUAUUGCGAGAA